AGUUUGAGAUUUUCAAAAUGAGGCACAUUCUUGGCUUGCUUCUUUUUCUGCAUACCGCAUAUGUUCAAUGUCUUUCAAUACUCACAGACAACAGUGGUCAGAAUAUUACUCAGCUGGACAUAAAUGACAUCGACUCGAAAAAUGUGGACGUAUUUAGGCAACUUUUGAACCAAGAAACAAUCAUAAGAAUAGCAUUGGUUAAAAAUGUACACUCGCUGAUGAAGGACAUGGUCGACCUGAAACAAAGUAUGGAGACAUUGGAAACUUCACAGCAGAAAACAGAAGUAGAGGUGACAGCAUUAAGACACGAAGUAAACGAACUAAAACGUGAAAACGAGAGACUUAAGCUUGAAAAUAGAAAAAACGAAGUAAACUUCAACGCCGUUAAGGAAAAUUUUACACUGCUCAGCGAAGAUUUCCAGAGGGGUUUGGAACAGAUUGAGGAGAAAAGAAAAGAUUUCGAGACAAAUACCAGCACGAUACUUGGUGACCUGAAAGUAGAAAUUCGUUAUUUGUCAGUUACUUUGCUUGAUUUGAAUAAGCACACUUUAGAAGAAAUUGAUAAGAGUAUUCCAGAAAUGAUCAUGGAAAAGUACGAAAUAUUGUCAAUGACAUUGAAUACUUCACUGAAUGAUGUAAACAGUGAUUUACUUGCUACAAACUCGAGACUAACAAAGUCAAUAUCAAAUCUGGAAAACACUCAGAAUACGAUUAAAUCAUCGAUUUUUGAUGAUAUUAACAAAACCAUUGCCAAUCUACAGAAUGAUGUCAAACAAUCACAGUAUGAACAACUGAAAUUAUCUUCUACUGUCUCCUCCCUCGAAGUGUUCCGAAUGAAUGUUACCAGCAAUCGUUGUGACUUGUCAAAGAGAGUGGCCUUCACUGCUGGAGUGACGUCCCGUAGCAGUUCCUGGAACAGCGGGAUAUUGGUGUUCAAUAAAGUCAUCAAUAACGUGGGAGGUGGUUAUAACCCGAACACCGGAAUAUUUACAGCACCAGUGGAAGGGGACUACUUGUUUUACGUCAGUAUUCAAAGUUACAGUAAUAACGAUGAUAUACAUGUAGAUAUUGUAUUUAAUGGAUCUAAAAAGGUUUGAGCAAUGGCAAACAUGCAUGGUUCUGAUGAUGGUUACGAGACUGGUACGAACCUGGUGACUUUGCCAUUGGACCAGGGAGACACAGUAUGGGUCAGCCAUCAGGCUGGAUCAGGUUAUCACACCUACAGUGACUCUCCUGUUACCACGUUCUCGGGAUUCUUGAUGUAAACAACUCAAUAUUUGAAUAUACCACUAAUAUUUUAUUGUCAUACAAAAAUCGUAUCUUAGAAAUGGAAUAAAAAUAUUAUAUAGCA